GACAUGGAGUCGAAGAAGGCGGAGCAUCGCAAGCUGGUGGUGGAGCUCAAUCGCCAGGUGGUCGACAUCAGCCAGGAUUCAGCUCCUGCAGUUGCCCCCAUCAGCGUGGCUGGCAUCUUGGACGGCUCCAUCGAGGAGAUCCCUCUCUCGUUUGCUGGCCUGGGGUUCGACGACGCUGAAUAUGAGAUGGAUGCAAAUGACAGGAAAGAGCUGGCAGAACGUAGCGCCCGUCUCAAGAGCGAGCUGUCCAACGCGGUCAAGCAAAUGUUAGGGCAGGCGGCGGAGAAGGCCAAGCUCUUCAAGGAGGAGCAGGGGGCCAUGGCGCUACGGCUGGCUGGCAAGAGGCGGCGACAGGGCUCAGGCCCUGAGGACCCUGGCCCAGCAGGGGCGGCCGCCGCCGAAGCAGCUACGAGAGGCAAGGACGGCGAGGCUGAGGACGCAGACGCGACGCGGCCUCUGCCUGAGGGGGCAGACCCCAGGGACGAGGUGGCUGAGUGCGAUCGGCGAACGCCCUCGGCCGAGACAGCUGGAUCGCUGCGGCCAGCUGACCGCUUCUGGAGCAACAAGACCGUGGACCUCGACUGGCCUCAGGUCGGGGGGUUCCUGGUUCCUGCCCUCGAUCGUCCAGACGAGGGCACAUCGUUGAUAGGCAAGCAGUACUGCAAGCAGCUGCAUGCCGAGCCAGAGGGAGUUAUGCUUGUGGCCAUGGGGCGGAGGCCUGUGGUGAUGGGGCCUUCACCUGAUGUCGCAGAUCCUGCCCGACAGCAGGCCAUCCAGGACUUCGCUGACAUGAGGGCGGACCUCAGGGACUGGGCAGCCGCCUGGUUCGACUCGCACACUGAGCUGGAGACCGACAGCGGGCACUGGAGGCGCUGGUGCAAGGCUUCCCUAGGCGCCAAGCUUGCUGACGGCGGGAACGAGCCGCUCAGGCGCCUGCUGAGGAGCUGGUUUCCUGACAGGGACUGGGACAGCAUCCUGGACGGGCUCUGCCUCGGCGGCAGGAGGCAGGCUGAGCCCCGCAGCAUCGCCUUCUUG